ACGUCCGGACGGCCGCCGGGACGGCUCUGCAUGAGGCGGCGCUGUGCGGCAAGGUCGAGGUCGUUCGGACUCUGCUCGACGGCGGUGUCGACCUGGGCAUUCGUAACUCAGAGCACAGCACAGUGAUGGACCUUCUGGGGCAGUUUCCGGCCCACGUCACGCACGAUAUCACUGCCAUCAUAAAAAAGUAUCAAGCCUCGGGGUCUACCUCGGCGAUGAGAGACAGUAUGGACCCUGAAGACCGGGACGGUGUUGGGAAUCCGUUACCUCCGAUCCCUGUACCUGACUCCACUUUGGGAAGUCCGUACGAAAACGUGCGACUGGUCAGAGGCGGUGGACGGCUAGCACUUCCUGGGGCAGGCGGUGGUCCGGACUCCUCGUCGCCCAGCACUUCCCCGACCCACUGGGAGUUCUACCACAGUGCCAAGGCGCGACAGUUCAGCAGUGGAGACCCCAUGUCAGUGGCGUCUGACAGCGGGGUGUACCAGACCCCACCCGCGCCCAAAUCCCUGGACUCCAGCUUCCUGUCUGACGACGUGUCGCUGUUCCACCAUCAGCGGGACCCCGACCAGAUGAGUCUGUCGUCGACAGCC